AGGAGCGAGAGAGAGGAGCGAGAGAAAGAGAGGAGCGAGAGAGAGAGGAGCGAGAGAGAGAGAGAUGAGCGAGAAAGGGAGGAACGAGAGAGAGCGGAGCGUGAUAGAGAGCGGAGCGUGAGAGAGCGAGAAAGGGAGAGAGAGAGCUUAGCGAAAGAGAGAGAAGAGGAAGAGAGAGAGAGCAGCGAAA